AUGCUAUCCUCUGCCGUGUUUUUGGGACUCAUUGUCCUCAUUGGUACUUCCAGGGGCUUGCACCCUUUUACCCACAUGAUGAACCCUCACCUGCAUCCUCGUCUGUACCACGGGUGCUAUGGGGACAUCAUGACCAUGGACACCACUGGGGCUUCCUGUGAUAUAGACAGGUUGAUUAAUUGUGGGAUCCAUGGUUCCGAAAUGUUUGCUGCGAUGGAUUUGAGGGCCAUAAAGCCUUACCAAUUUAUGAUCAAAGAAGUUGGACACAGGCACUGCGUGGACCCAGCCCUCAUUGCUGCCAUCAUCUCCAGAGAGAGCCAUGGUGGGACCGUUCUGGAAAAUGGCUGGAAUCACAAUGGACAUAAGUAUGGCUUGAUGCAGCUUGAUAAGAAAAUCCAUCGCCCUGUUGGUGACUGGGACAGCAAAGAACACCUUUCUCAGGCUGUUGGGAUUCUAGCAGAUGGAAUUAAGGAUGUCCAGAAAAAAUUCCCCAAGUGGAGUGUGGAUCAGCACCUCAAAGGUGGUCUUUUGGCUUUUAAGUCAGGAAUCGAUACCGUUGUCACCCCUGUGGACAUAGACACUGACUUCGCCAAUGAUCUUCUUGCCCGAGCUAAAUUCUAUAAAAGACAUGGCUUCUAG